AAGAACCUACACGUUUCUCUGGACUUGCUGCUGCUGUCCAGCAGGUGGCGCCUCGCAUGUUUGGUACACUGAGCGCAGCCGCAGUAAGAACAGUAGAGUAAGAGUAAGGAAGCCGUCCACUAAGUUUGUGCAUCAUGAAGAUGAAUGAAAAUACUUUACUGGAGGGACACAGAGCGGUACUGGUUCCAUACAAUGAAGAGCAUGUUCCCAGAUAUCAUGAGUGGAUGAAGUCUCCUGAGCUGCAGCAGCUGACUGCUUCGGAGCCGCUGAGCCUGCAGCAGGAGUAUGACAUGCAGAAGAGCUGGAGGGAAGACAAUGACAAGUGCACGUUCAUCAUCUUGGACAAGCAGCGUUGGGCCGAACCGAGUGUUGAGGAGGAGCAGUGCAUGGUGGGAGACGUCAACAUCUUCCUAACCGACCCCGCAGAUCCGUCCUUGGCAGAGCUGGAAGUCAUGAUAGCAGAGUCGAGUUACAGAGGGAGAGGCUUUGGGAAGGAGGUGACUCGCAUGAUGAUGUGCUAUGGAAUCACCAAACUCGGAGUCAAAAAGUUUCAAGCCAAAAUUGGUCUGGACAACCAGGUUAGCAUCUCCAUGUUCAAGAAGCUGCAGUUUCAGGAGGUGUCUGUGUGUAACGUGUUCAAAGAGGUGACCCUUGAGCUGGCGGUGGACGAGUCAGUUCGGACCAAGCUGCAGGAAGAUGUGGCUGAUAUGAAGGAAAGAGGCUACAAACAAACAUGCAGCAACAAACAUGAACUGGUUCUGCAGUGAGGCGACCUAAGCUUUUCGCCUCCAGUUCCAGAUGAAGGAAAUCUGGGAUACCAAGCUGAAAGCUGGCUCAAGUUAAACAUGGACAGAUUGGUAAAAUGUUCAGUUUUACAUCUGUGACAAAUACUAUGGCUCAAACAAAACUCCUGACAUUCAGAAAAUGUUCAAAUAUGAAGAACGUCUUCAUGAAGCACAACAGAAACAUUUCACUUGACAAGAGUUUUUACAUCUCCUGCUCCAUCAUCCAACCAUCACCUAUGAACAAGGCACAAAGAUGCUUCAACUCCUUCGCUUGAGGCAGAGAGGCUCUUGCUGUGGUUAUACAAGGACCAGGUAGCUUUUUAAGGAGCUACCUGGUCCUUGUAUAAUCCUUGGUCGAUCUACAGCGGUCAUGGUUUAGAUCUGGAAUCUAAUAAAAGAAAACCACACAAGGUUAAGGAAGAUCAGUGGAUGGACCGACAAAUAAUUGGGCUAAGAAGAUGGAUGAACAAGCAAAUACGUGGAUUGAUAUACAAAUAAAGCUUUAUGAUGUUAAAUGGAGACCUGAUAUGGGACCUUAGCUUAGUGCACUGAAUUAAUUUUAUGCUCUCCAUCAUUGACAUUUGUGGUCCAGCACCCUGUGGAAUUUUACACAUUUUAAAGUCUGCAGUUCUUGGCUUGUUAUAUUUAUAACCUGCUUUGAACUUCAUUCUUGGUCUGUCUGUUGUGCUCCUUGGUCUUCACAAUGUUGUUUUGUUCACUAAUGUUCUCAUAACAAACCUCUGAUGCCUUCACAGAACAACUGGAUUUAUGAGAAUAUAAUUAGGGUUGACUAAAGACUAGCAUAAUGUAGUCUCUUUAGCUCUUUGAAAAUUUCUUUUAAAUAUUUGAUAUUUAAUGAAUCGCUGUUAAAGGAAAGUAACCUUUAGGCUGCAGUGAGAAUUAUCAUUUGCUCUUCAGAAAAAGACAUGAAAACAAAGUCACCUUUUGCAUUUUUGGCAAAAAUUGGCCUGUGUUUUUAUUUGUCAUGUAUUAAAAAUGACUCAUUAAAUCAA